ACGGGGGAGGUAUAAAAGGCGAGGCGGGCGGCCCCCGUCCUUCUCACCUCCUCACUGCGACGCGGAGCUGAGUCAGGUCAGGGAGCCCCAGGAACGCUUUUUUCCAAGCCAAGAUGGUGAAAAUCGGAGUCAACGGAUUUGGCCGUAUUGGCCGUCUGGUUACGAGAGCGGCCAUCAACUCCGGAAAAGUCCAGGUUGUUGCUAUCAAUGACCCUUUCAUUGACCUCAACUACAUGGUCUACAUGUUCCAAUAUGACUCCACUCACGGCCGUUUCAAAGGUACCGUCAAGGCUGAGAACGGGAAACUUGUGAUCAACGGAAACGCCAUCACAAUCUUCCAAGAGCGUGACCCAGCCAACAUCAAAUGGGGCGAGGCUGGUGCAGAGUAUGUUGUGGAGUCCACUGGCGUUUUCACCACCACAGAGAAGGCCAGCGCUCACCUGAAGGGCGGCGCCAAACGCGUUAUCAUCUCUGCCCCCUCUGCCGAUGCUCCCAUGUUCGUGAUGGGCGUCAACCACGAGAAAUACGACAACUCUUUGAAAGUUGUCAGCAAUGCCUCCUGCACCACCAAUUGCCUGGCCCCCUUGGCGAAAGUUAUCAACGACAACUAUGGCAUUGUGGAAGGUCUCAUGACCACGGUCCAUGCCAUCACAGCCACACAGAAGACCGUGGACGGUCCCUCCGGAAAGCUGUGGAGAGACGGGCGGGGAGCUUCUCAGAACAUCAUCCCUGCAUCCACAGGGGCAGCCAAGGCCGUUGGCAAAGUUAUCCCCGAGCUGAAUGGAAAACUCACAGGGAUGGCUUUCCGCGUUCCCACUCCAAAUGUUUCAGUCGUGGACUUAACAUGCCGCUUGGAGAAACCAGCCAAGUACGAUGACAUCAAAAAGGCCGUGAAAGCAGCAGCUGAUGGGCCAAUGAAGGGUAUUCUGGGAUACACAGAAGACCAGGUUGUCUCCUGUGACUUCAACGGCGAUCACCAUUCCUCCAUCUUUGAUGCUGCUGCCGGCAUUGCCCUCAAUGAUCACUUUGUCAAGCUGGUCUCCUGGUAUGACAACGAGUAUGGAUACAGCAACCGCGUGGUUGACUUGAUGGUUCACAUGGCAUCAAAGGAGUAAAGUCAGACUAGCUGCACCCGGCCUGGAGGGGGGGG